UUACAACAAAAAAACAGAUUCAAGAAUCAAAAGAAAAUUAAGAAUGACAAGUAAAUAUUUUUGUUUACUAGUGUUCAUUGUCUUGGCUUCCAAUGAAGUUGUUGCCAAGAGACACUCUUCAACACCUAAAUUAAGAAAAAUUGAUUUCCCCGAAGAUUUCAUUUUCGGAGCUGCAACCUCUGCGUACCAGGUCGAAGGAGCUGCUCAUGAAGAUGGUAGAGGACCUAGUAUAUGGGAUACUUUCUCUGAAAAAUACCCAGAAAAGAUAAAAGAUGGUAGCAACGGAUCUAUUGCAGACGACUCUUACCAUCUUUACAAGGAAGAUGUGGGUUUAUUGCAUCAAAUUGGGUUCAAUGCCUAUAGAUUCUCCAUCUCAUGGUCGCGGAUUUUGCCUCGUGGUAAUCUCAAAGGAGGAAUCAACCAAGCUGGUAUUGACUAUUACAACAACUUGAUCAAUGAGCUUUUGUCCAAAGGAAUUAAGCCUUUCGCCACCAUUUUCCAUUGGGACACACCACAAGACCUUGAAAAUGCUUACGGAGGAUUCCGUGGGGAUGAAAUUGUGAAUGAUUUCCGCGAUUAUGCGGAUAUUUGUUUCAAAAAUUUUGGAGACCGAGUGAAACAUUGGGUGACAUUGAACGAGCCAUUAACUGUGGUGCAACAAGGAUAUGUUGCAGGUGUUAUGGCUCCAGGAAGGUGUUCAAAAUUUACAAACCCUAAUUGCAUCGCCGGAAAUGGAGCCACCGAGCCUUAUAUCGUUGGCCACAACCUCAUCCUUGCUCACGGAGAAGCAGUCAAAGUCUAUAGAAAAAGAUAUAAGGCUACUCAAAAAGGUCAAGUCGGUAUAGCUUUGAAUGCAGGUUGGAACUUACCUUAUACAGAAUCUUCUGAGGAUAGGUUAGCCGCGGCACGAGCCAUGGCUUUCACAUUCGACUAUUUCAUGGAGCCGCUCGUGACCGGUAAAUACCCGAUUGACAUGGUUAACAACGUAAAAGGCGGUCGCUUACCUACAUUUACUGCAAAACAAUCUAAGAUGCUUAAAGGAUCAUAUGAUUUCAUUGGCAUCAAUUAUUACUCGUCUUCUUAUGCAAAAGAUGUUCCUUGCUCAAGCGAAAACGUUACAAUGUUCUCUGAUCCUUGUGCUAGCGUCACGGGGGAAAGAGAAGGAGUUCCUAUCGGUCCAAAGGCUGCAUCAGAUUGGCUUUUGAUAUAUCCAAAGGGAAUUCGUGAUCUUAUCCUCUAUGCAAAAUACAAGUUCAAAGACCCUGUCAUGUAUAUAACAGAAAAUGGAAGAGAUGAAGCUAGUACUGGUAAAAUCUUACUUAAAGAUAGUGAUAGGAUCGACUACUACGCUCGACAUCUCAAGAUGGUUCAAGAUGCUAUCUCGAUUGGAGCCAACGUAAAGGGAUUUUUUGCAUGGUCGUUGCUAGAUAACUUUGAAUGGGCGUCGGGAUACACAGUCCGGUUUGGACUUGUUUACGUGGAUUUUAACGAUGGACGUAAGAGAUAUCUUAAGAAAUCGGCUCAUUGGUUCAGACAUUUAUUGAAUGGAAAAAAUAAGAACUGAUGAGAUAUGUAGCAUUCCAUUAUAUUAUUAACUACUAGGUUAAUACCUAUAUACGAAAUGCGUGGUUUGAAAAACAAUUAUUGUUGAUGUACAAAUAAGGUUUGAUUUUAUUG